CCGGCUGACGGAGGGGAGGCGGGGGGGGGGGGAAGCGGGGCGAGGAAGAUGGCGGCGGCGGCGGCGGCAGAGGCGGCGGCAGCGGCGAGCGCGGGCGGGGCUGCAGCGGGGCCGCAGCGGGCGGCGGGGCGGCGCUGAGGAGCCCCGAGGCGGGCUGAGGAGUGGCGGGGCGGGCGGAGGGGGCCCAUGUGCGGCGGCGGCGGCGGCCGCCCCCCCCCUCCUCACUCCCGGCGGCGGCCCCUUCGCAGCGAGGUGCCGCUGAGGCGGCUCCGCGGGCGCUGAGCGAGCGCGGCCCCGGCGGCCCGGCGGCGGCGGCAGGAUGAAGUUCGCCGAGCACCUCGCCGCGCACAUCACCCCCGAGUGGCGGAAGCAGUACAUCCAGUACGAGGCUUUCAAAGAGAUGCUGUAUGCAGCUCAGGACCAGGCCCCUUCUAUAGAAGUCACAGAUGAGGACGCAGUGAAAAGGUAUUUUGCCAAGUUUGAAGAGAAGUUCUUCCAAACCUGUGAGAAAGAACUUGCCAAAAUCAACACUUUCUAUUCAGAAAAGCUUGCAGAAGCUCAGCGCAGGUUCGCUACUCUUCAGAAUGAAUUACAAUCAACUUUGGAUGCACAGAAAGAAGCCAGUGGGAUUUCCACACUGCGGCAGCGCAGAAAGCCGGUCUUCCACCUGUCCCAUGAAGAGCGUGUCCAGCAUAGGAAUAUCAGAGACCUGAAACUGGCCUUCAGCGAGUUCUACCUCAGCCUCAUCUUACUGCAGAACUAUCAGAACCUGAACUUUACUGGCUUCCGCAAGAUCUUAAAGAAGCAUGACAAGAUCCUGGAUACCUCACGAGGAGCAGACUGGCGGGUGGCCCAGGUGGAAGUGGCACCAUUCUACACUUGCAAGAAAAUCAAUCAGCUUAUCUCUGAAACAGAGGCAGUGGUGACCAACGAGUUAGAAGAUGGAGAUAGGCAGAAGGCUAUGAAACGUUUGCGUGUUCCACCCUUGGGAGCAGCUCAGCCUGCACCAGCCUGGACUACAUUCAGAGUUGGAUUGUUCUGCGGCGUAUUCAUUAUACUGACCGUUGUUGUCAUACUUUCAGGUGUGGUUUUUAUAGAUGGACCAAAUGUGUGGCCACUGGUGAGAAUCUAUCGAGGUGGCUUUCUCCUGAUAGAAUUCCUCUUUCUCCUGGGUAUCAACACGUAUGGCUGGAGACAGGCUGGAGUGAAUCAUGUCCUCAUCUUUGAACUCAAUCCCCGCAGCAACUUGUCCCAUCAGCAUCUCUUUGAGAUUGCUGGAUUCCUUGGGGUUUUGUGGUGCCUGAGCCUGCUGGCAUGUAUAUAUGGUAAAUUCACCUACAUCCCUAUGCAGGUGAAUCCACUCAUCCUGUAUGGCUUCAUGUUGCUUUUUCUCAUCAACCCUACCAAAACCUUAUACUACAAGUCCCGUUUUUGGCUGCUCAAACUAUUGUUUCGGGUGUUCACGGCUCCCUUCCACAAGGUGGGCUUCGCGGAUUUCUGGCUGGCUGAUCAGCUCAACAGCCUGGCUGUGAUCCUCAUGGAUCUGGAGUACAUGAUCUGUUUCUACAGCUUCGAGCUUCAGUGGGAGAACAAUGCUGGACUUCUGGCAAACACAGAUAAUCAGAUUUGUAACAGCUACUCCUACGGAGUGAGAGCAGUUGUCCAGUGCAUCCCUGCUUGGUUGCGAUUCAUCCAGUGCCUGCGUCGUUAUCGUGAUAGCAAACGGGCCUUUCCUCAUCUGGUUAAUGCUGGAAAAUAUUCCACCACCUUCUUCAUGGUGACAUUUGCAGCCCUCUACAGCACUCACGAAGCUAAAAAACACAGUGAUACCCAAGUGUUCUUCUACCUGUGGAUUAUCUCCUAUUUCAUCAGCUCCUGCUAUACCCUUAUUUGGGAUCUGAAGAUGGAUUGGGGUCUCUUUGACAAAAAUGCUGGUGAAAAUACCUUUCUUCGAGAAGAGAUUGUCUACCCACAGAAAGCAUACUACUAUUGUGCCAUUGUAGAGGACGUGAUCCUGCGUUUUGCCUGGACCAUCCAGAUCUCUCUCACUUCCAUGCAAAUCUUUCCCUAUGCUGGAGACAUAAUUUCCACUGUCUUUGCCCCACUUGAAGUUUUCCGGCGGUUUGUGUGGAACUUCUUCAGGCUGGAGAACGAGCACCUGAACAACUGUGGUGAGUUCCGUGCUGUGCGGGACAUCUCUGUGGCACCGCUCAACGCCGAUGAUCAGACACUCUUGGAGCAGAUGAUGGACCAGGAAGAUGGUGUCCAAAACCGUCGGAAGAACAAACAGUGGAAGCGCAGCCAAAGCGUGUCCUCGCGCAGACCUCGUCUUGCUUCGCAGUCCAAGGCUCGUGAUGCUAAGGUAUUGGUAGAGGACACAGACGAUGAAGCGAACACAUGAAACAGCCGGUCUCUUAUUCCGCAUCCCUUAUUUUCUCGUUCUAUUCCCCUGUUCCCCAAGUAACCCAAUCUCUGGUACAGUUCCAGCUGAAAACAGGAGAAAACACUGAACAUGUUUUCCGAGCUCUUCCAGACCGGAUCCUAUGGACUCCAACAAGCUCACUGUGUUUUGUUUCAUUUCUUCUGGGUUAAUUUUGAUUUUCUAUUUUAAAAAAUAAAAUAUUUUACUUCGUUUUGCCAACCAAGAGGACAGUUCAGGAAAGAAGGAUUGUUUACAGUCUCAACAAGGACAUACAAACCUAUCUGGAUGAAGAAGCAUCAUAGGGACUCCCUAAUGGGACAGUGCCGAGACCGUACUCGGUUUCUGCUUGGCCCGGUUUUGACUGGUUGAAACCGGACUUAGGUUUUUAAAUCUGAUUUUUUGUUUUUGUUUUUUUCCUUCAUAUCCAGCGCUGAGGCACUGGCUGCACUUGCAGGGAAAGUGCACUUAGAGCAGUAUCUUCAUUCAUGAAGCUACUUUUUAAUUUGAUGUAACUUUUCUUAUAAUUUUUUGGAAAUAUGAUGUAUCUGUUGCAUAUAGUUUUCACAUUAUUUAUGAAACUUAACAACUAUAUGAGAGUGAUUUUGAGUCCUGUGCAGUGAAGGUUGUAAUGGUAAAACAAAGCCGGGAAUGUCGAUCUAGAUCUCUAGGGUUAUGGGGUUAUGCCCUGCAAAUACUGCUCUCGUGAGACAACUUGCACCCGUUUACCUUUUAUGUCUUACUUUCUUUUCAAUUUUAUUUUAAACCAAAGUUUCUCUUUCUAAUUUUUAGUUGCUGCUACUGCUUCAGACGCCUGGGCAUAUCUCAUGUGCCGGUUCAUCCCCAACUUUCCAUGCAGCUGUGUGAAAGUAGUGCAGAUGAUUCUAAAACCUUUUUAAAGGAGAGUUAGGUCCUACCAACAGCACAAACAGCUAGGCAAAGUAAGGGUUGAGAACUUCGUUUUCCAGAUCAAAAGCUGUUUUUCAAAGCCUUAAUAUUUGCUGGAUAAAGUGAGGGCACGAUCCAUCGCAUGCCAAAGUAGGGAGCUUUUCUGGCAUUCUCCUGCAGCUCCAUAUAGCAAAAGCAAAGUGGGGCAAGGUGAGGACAAGAUCUUUCCUGUGGGCAGGGUCGGGCAUUUAGCAGGCUUUGGUUCAGGGGUGGUUGUGCUUCGGGGAGCUGCCAUGGAGCAAGGACAGGACUGUGUUGUGCCCACCUGAUAGGGAAAUUGAGGUUGAAAUAAAAGGUCCCCUCAUGAUACCUGUUUUGCUUGACUUUGGCAAAAAGACUGUCAGGUGUUGUCCCAGCACGCUUUCCCAUGGUUUGGUUGCCAUUUAUGCCAUUUGCCAAGUCUUAUCACCCCGCUUCAGAAAGCGUGAUCCUACUGAGCAGACUCAGGUGAAGGGCAUCUGUAUUGCUGAGCAGGUUGUGUAGGAACAGCGAUGAUAACUCGAUACUGGUCUCUUGUCCCUUAGAAAAAGAGACGUGCCUGGGGCAGCUAUGCUGCACUGCUGCAGGCUGCGCGCGCACGAGUCCCACUGCUCGUUCACAUGGUGCGACGUGCCUGCUCUUGCACAGCAUAGUGUCAGUGGCCGAGGGAAGCUCCUCGGUUCCCUUGAACCCUGUGUCCAGCUCAGAGCUGAAUUUCACAGCCAGGACUGCUGAAGUUUGUCUGUUGGGGUGGGCAUGGUCCCCAGGACUGCAGCUCUCCUUCCUUAUUAACCACCUUUCCUUGUGUCCCAGCUCUUUGGCAGCCGUCACCAGCCACAUGUAGCUACUGCUUGGACUGCAAGUGAGAGCUGAAACUGUUAAAGUAGGAUCCUUGUGUUGAUGUCUGUCCAUGGACUUGUGUCUAGUUUCGACAAAGGGAUGGUAGAAGUCCCUGCUCGGUUGCUCUUCAGUUGUUAUGUUUCUCAUUAGCUAAUAGCAUGGUUUCUCACAUGACUGGUGCAUUGCAUUUUCUCAGUUUGCCUGCUGUGCCUCUCGCCCAGAGGAACUGAAGAAGGAAACUUAGUUCUAUUUGUUUAGUUUUAAAAAGAUUAAGUGGUAGUGAACCAGUGCCCCUUGACAAAACAAGGGCAGCACUGCAAAACUGUAACUACCUACACUUCUGCGACAUGCUCUAAACUUACCAAGAAACUCUGAUGGAUCUGCCAGGAAAUGCCUCUGCUCUGUCGUUGAUCUGCUGGCUGUGAUUGUGUCAUUAUGGUGGAGUAGAUGAUGUGCGUGUCGUGUCGCUCCUCCUGCGCGGCUGGCGGCUUCAGCCUCGGUCCACGCCGGCGGGAGGGAGUCUGAACAAUGGAGGCUAGUGGGGAGUUCGGCUCGUCAGCCGUUUGGUGCCCGGGAGUCUGGCUUCCCGUAUUUAACUCCCUGAGGUCUGUUGUUCGUACUAAACAGAGGUUCCUGUUCAUAUGGAAGUGGAGUCUGGGAUAUAAAGCCCCUUAAAAUAUUUCGUUUUUUUUCAUUGGCGUUGCAGCAAUUGUUGCCGUGUUCAAACCUUUCAUAGGUGCGCAGAGAGCGGAGCGCUCUGACGCGGAAGCUAGCUGAUAGGGUCUUCUCAGCAAACGAGAACGGUUGGAGAAUAGUGAAGCCAUACGUACCUGUAGGUAUUUUAAGAGCAAGGUAGCCACACCAAGGGGAACAAUCCAAAAAAAAAAAAACCAAAAACCCCAAAAAAACAAAAAAACCCAACUGUUGUUGCUUAAGCAAGCGGUGCAUUAUAAAAAGAAACAGAGCUUCCUGGUAUUUCUUCCUGUCAGAGGGAAUGAAAAAAAUACUUCGCUUGGUACAGAGAACAAUUUUAAAGUGACACAAAACCACUAGCAAUUCUGCCUUCCUGGGCUCAGCUGGGGAGAGCCCGGUCUGGUUAGGUGGCCUGCCUCUCACGUUAGUGAGUGGUAGUGCAGGGUCUUAGGAUUUGAUCCCUAACCUAAAAGGAAGGAUCAGGUUGCAAAUAAUUAAAAUCUUAUUCUGUAGUUUAUCAAAUCCUUAUGGAAAGCAAGAAUUCCAUCUGUCCAUCUGCUGCUUUGACCUUUCCUCUUCUCUGCUCUGCUCUUUCCCUUCCCUCUUUUUUCUGUCUUUGCUGCCAGAAAAAAUAAGAAAAAGAGGAGGAGAUGUGCUACAGCUAGCAAAUGUUAUCUCCUAAAAUAAAACAUCGUCCUUUUGGCAGUGAAGAUGCUCUCUCUGAGGAAAGUAGCCUGAAUUCCUGGAAGCAUGGCUUUAAAAGAAUCCCAUUUCCCCGGUGCUGCAUGUGUGUAUUCCCUACCUACCAGAGAUUUCUGAGAAAUUAGGACUGCAGAUUCCUCCCAAGAGUUAGCACUAAAAACAGGAUGGCUAUGAGUCUGUGAUAACAUCUGGCCAAUAAAAUGAGCUAUAAUAAAGCAGAGCAGAUGGUGAUAGAAAAUUGGCCCUUCUCUCCUUGUGAACAGUCUGCAAAACAAGAGUGAGAGAAGAUGGUAGUCCUGGGAUGGCUUAAUUUCAUGAGUCGGCUUUGCAAAUGGAAUUGAAAUGGGUGUUUGAAAACACUGCUGGAGGGAGAAAAGCAGGGUGACAAUCCAGAAGGAGAGGGGAGAGCAGAACAAAAGGAGCUGGGCUUUUUUUUAUCCAGUGCUGUUGGGACAUUGCUAGAAAACCGGUCUCAACUUCUGAAAGGGGAAGCUGAGACAAUUCUGUGAUUGCCGCAAAGCAGCGUGGCCUCUCUGCUGUUGAUUUCUCCCUCUCACUGCGACUUGGUAGGACUGAGGCUUGUCAGAGGUUGCAGUUUGUGCUCAGCUCUGAGGAGGGUGGAGGCCCCCCCGCCUUGCCUGGUUGAAGCCCUUACGGAUGGCCCCAUCUAAAGGGAGGAGAUGCCACAAUAUGAUCAGUGACUGCUGAAGAUGGCCAGCACCCUUAGAUGAGCUCAUUUCUCCAUGCUCAUUCCCUGAUGCUUUCCAUCCUUCCUGCUCUUCCAAGGAUUUUUCAGGGGGUGGGAUGUUAGGAUUUUGGGGCUGCAGAUUAUGAUUUGCAGCAUCCAGAGUUUAUCUGCUAGCUGGAGUUCCUGGCAUUGUCUCCAGCUCCCACUGCUUUCUGUGGCUUUGGGACCGCAUCGCCAGCAAAUGGUCAUCAAAAACCAUGUCCUCCCUCUGCUUUGCAGAAGGGGAUGCCUUGGUCUGUGGAUGAAUUCUUCUGAAAGGAGCAAUGAAGCUGCGAGGGUUGGAGGGGAAAAUAACACCGUAGUCAUAGGGCAGGUUUGGGCUUUACAGAACCGGAUUUGGCAAGCAAGGGUAGAAAUUGGGUCAGUCUGUGCUGAGUUCCUUCUGUCAGCCUGAGCCUCUGAUUUCCCACCACAUCUUAAAAGUGUAUUUGAAGCAUUUGUGGCUGUAGUGUGUGCAUAUCAAAUAAGCUCCUACCUCUCAAAUCCAGGUGUGUUCUCAGAAAAUCCAAUGUUGCCUGUCUUAGGCCUCCCUCUACCCUUCUCCCGGCCAUUCUUGUUUUGUCAGCGUCUCUGCCCUUGCCGUUUUUCUGAAGGUAAUGACACAGAUGGCAUGCAGAGAAGACAGGCAGCAGCUUUCGGCGUAAAACCAUGGGGAAAAAAACGUCUUGUGGAGCAGCGAGUUUGAUCCUUUCUCUAGGAAAUGGAAGCUGCUCUUACUUCCCUGGUCGUUUUCUCUUGGACUGCCUAUUCUGACUAUUGCUGCUGCUUACCGAGGGCCAAAAAGAACUGGGGGUCUCUCCCCUUUCCUUCGCUCCUGUCUGCCAGGCAUAAAGCUCCUCCUGCAAGUCCCUCGGAGGAGCCCUCCUCCAGCUGGACCUCCCCACUGAAGGGGAGAGGAAGAACGUGCUGGGGUUCGUGGCAUGGCCAGGCAGCAGGAUUUGCUGCUGGGAUUUGGCCGCCGUGGCUGCGUGGGUGCAUGCAGGGAAGAGGCGAGGAGGGAAAGCGCAGCUCUGGUUCAGGUCAGGAGAUAGAAGUUGCUGGGAUUUUACUGCAGAUCUUCUGAGAAGCAGUGGAGAUGGCAAAGUGUUCCAACUUUGUCCGUGUUUUGAACACCCAAAUAAUUUGACCUUAUCCUGUAAGGAUGCUGCUGGGUACUUCUUGCUUUGGCACUAGUGUGCACCCCAGGCCUUUGCAGAGCCGGUGGUUUGUGGCCUUGACAAUUAGGCCAUCAUGUUUGGAAACGCCUCUGGGGUUUUGGUGGCUUGCUGUGCCUGCCUGGAGGGCAGGUGGGUGGCUUGGCUCGAGUGUUGGAAGCACAAAAACAGUUUUGCUUGAGAAGCUGAGCUCAAGUGCUGCAUCCCGGCCCCAUGUCCUCCCUUCUCUCUUCCACGGUUCUGAUUUGCACUCACAGGGGGAAGAAAAUCUUCUGCCUUAAACAUUUUUAAUUUUAAUUUUUAUUCCAGAAGGCUAUUGGAUUUUGUCUCCUUGGAAAAGGGGCUGGGGCUCCUAGGGAAGGUCAUUACCGUAGCUCUACACCCGUCAUAGUUGGUCUCAGUGGUUCUUGAAUGAAACUUUGCCUCCCUUACAUGAUGCCAUCCACCUGACCCAAAGACUGCACUUUGGGACAAAGGUAUGAGCUGCCACCACUGGGGGCUUCAACUAGCGCGUCGCCGUGCCCUGGGGGCUUCAGUCUCUGCUGCAACAUCAUGGGAAAACCACUGGAACUGCAAGAGAAGUGCGGGUUUGGGGGAGGGGGAGAAGAGGAAAGGGCCUCGGGUAUUGGCAAAAUUUGGGUGGCGGUGCCCCGGCCUGUUGCCCGUGGGAAUUGGAGGCUGCGCCGGCCUGGCUGUGCCCCGCGCGGUCCUGGCGAGGUGGAGCGAGAGGCACCCGCCAGACACACUGUGGCGUGAAAUUCCCCCAAGCUCUUGCAACCAAAUUGUGAACUCUUUGCUCCAGACGGUAAAUUUGGUAGCCUGUUAGCAUUUGUGACUACCUUACUAUCCUGCAGAUCCUCCUAUCAAAUGAACAGUGUUUGGAAGGGGCCUGGGUUGGAAAUGCGUUUGCCUCUUCUGAAAUUUCCCCCUUGUCCCGCUGCCAUCUUCCUCUGCCCCUCUCCCCGCUGUGUUGGUCUAAAUGAUUAUCCUAUGAAGCCCUGAACUGUAGAUGUCAAAAGUAACUUUGGAAUGUGAUUAGUCCUCUGUGGGUGCUUUCUUUCUUUCCUCCUUUUUCUCUUUUGCUAUCCCCUUCUCCACUCUUCGGCUAAGUGGAAAAGGUGAGGACAAAGAAUUGCCGCUUGCUUGGACUCAUGAUGUAUCUGUGACUGCGCUAUUAGCUGUCUCCUCUUUCCUUCCCAAAUGGAUAUAAUUUUUGAAGUGUGGAAUACCCUUCUUGAUAAGUAGGUUAAAAAAAAUGCACAAUGUGAUACUGUUUCAUAGUUUCUAGGUGGUUGUAAAAAGCAAAGUUACUGUGGUUGUGUUUUUAAAAGGAAAAAGUGAUUGGUUACUAAAUCUGUCCUUUUUUUCAUUAUUACAAGCUCUUUGUUUUCCAAUGA